AUGGACACACUAUCAGACGCUGGCGGUUCAUCCCAGGUGGAUGUGGACGCUGCUCAUGCCGCUGCAAUCUCGGAGGGCACUGCAGCUCAACUCAGACCUCGCGCCAAAGCUCCAGUGCGGGUCGAAGAAAUUCCCAAGUUUGAUCUCGACACUUACAUUGCCAACUACACUGGCCGCACCCGCUAUGAUCGUCUUUACCUGAUCGGCACGUGUUCCCCGCCGCUCGCAGUCGACGCCCUGAAGGCAGCCAUCGCCGAGGCCAAAACGACCAAAGACAUUUUGAGAUAUGAGAGGGCAGUUCGCGCGCUGGCGGAGGUGGCACCCCAGGACCCUGAAGCCUCUCUCAACUCAUUGUGGGUCCAGGAAACUCAGCGAUCCGUGGCGGCUCAAACCGAGCGGUUGGAGCAUGAGCUGAAGGGAUACAAGAACAAUCUGAUCAAAGAGAGCAUCCGAAUGGGGAAUGAGGACCUAGGAAAUCAUUACUACGACACUGGAGACCUGGCAGCCGCAACCAAAGCCUACUCCCGCAUGAGAGACUAUUGCACAGCCCCUAACCACAUCACCUCAAUGCUAUUCAAAUCGGUCAGCGUCAGCAUUGAACGGGGUGAUUGGUUGUCCGUGCAGUCUAAUGUGCAUCGUCUGCGCAACUCCCAAUCAAAGCCCGAAGAGGCGGCAACAAACGAGUCCAAGAUCUCAGCCGCGUGGGCACUCUCGCAGAUGAACCAAGGCUCAUUCCUCGAGGCCGCAAACUCUUUCUUAUCAAUCCCCACGAAAUUAGGUGACAACUACAAUGAAGUUAUCACCCCCAACGAUGUCGCCGUCUAUGGUGGUCUUUGUGCCCUCGCAUCCAUGAACCGGGAUGAACUACAAAGCAAUGUGCUUGAUAACCAAACUUUCCGAAACUUCCUUGAGCUCGAGCCUCACAUCCGUCGCGCCAUCGCCUUCUUCUGCAACUUCAAAUUCCGCUCCUGCCUCGACAUCUUGGAAGCUUAUCGGCCUGAUUACCUCCUCGAUAUUCACCUACAGCGCUUUAUUCCCCAGCUGUACAAACGCAUCCGCACCAAAUCUAUCGAACAAUACAUGGUUCCUUUCAGUCGUGUCACACUCGUCUCUAUGGCGAAGAUUUUCGCCCCGGAAGUUGUUGGCGGUGAAGCCCGACCUACCGAUAUUUCCUCGCCAUUUGUGCAAGAGCUGAUUGGCCUCAUUCGGGAUGGUGUGCUGGACGCGCGUGUGGAUCUCGAGAAAGGGUUACUUAUCUCCAACCAGUCUGAUCUCCGUGCCGAGGUACAGCGGACCACCCUGGAAAAUCUCCAGGACUUCAAUCAAGAGGCUCACUGGCGACUUCUCCGAGCUUCUGUCUUGUAUAGUGGUCUGGAAGUGAAGAGCGACAAGGAGGCCGCUGCCGCUGCCGCUGGAGCUGGGUCGAGCAAAGGGGCGAGAUUGACUCGCGGCACCCACUUUAUGGGCACUAUGGGCACUAUGCUUGAUUGA